GCGGUGUGAAGGGGAGGAGAAGAGAGGAGAGUGGGAGGAGGUGCGUGUGGGAGUCCCGCAGAAGGAGCGUUUCAAUCCCAACAUGAAUUCCACCCGCAAUCUCUGACUGACAACACUCGAGCGAUAUAACCAUACAUUACAAGCGGAUACUUUCUGAAGUCUUUCCGAUCAGCGUCUGCUUGUUUUCCACGGAUGCCCUUAACGUCUUCCUCGUGACUUCAACAUCGCCACGGAACGGGAUAAGGCGGUAAAUGUCGCGUUUCGCAUCUUUUCGCUCCGGUUGAAGCCGCAGGAGUAUGUGAUCAUGUUGGCGACGCGCUGCCUCCUCCUGUGGGCUGCGGUCACCGCGCGACUCGCCGUGACAGGCUGGGGCAGCAGCAUCAAGCGGGACGGAGCGGAACGGGGACGCGAACAGAACGCGUAUGCGGAGGAGCUCACGCAGCCUCAGCGGCUGCUGCAGCGGACUGACGCGGAGGAGGAGCUGCCGCACGGACACUUGGGUACUCUAGUAAAGAUUGAUGCUGAUGGAGCGCAUCCCAUUCAUUUUGGAAUCCCAUUUGUUCUAGACCUGGAGCUCAAUCAUGAUCUCUUGUCGUCUAACUAUGUUGAACGCCACUUCGAUGUGGAUGGGCAACCUUUUCAGAGUCUGGGAGGAGAGCACUGUUACUAUCACGGUCACGUGAGAGGAGUUCAGAGGUCAUGGGCAGCUCUCUCCACCUGUCAUGGCCUACAAGGGAUGUUCUCAGAUGGCAGCUUUUCAUACGGCAUUGAGCCUUUGCACAACAGCAGUGAUCAGGAUGCAAAUACUCAUGUUGUAUACAGAAUGGCAGACAUCCGGUUGAGGCCACAUUCCUCAGGAAGCACCAGGAACAGCAGUGACUCUGACAUUAACACUGACCAUCCCGUUUCUAUGGAAACGAAUGAGCCGGAGCUCACAGAUGGGCUGAGACGGGCAAAAAGACAGGUUCGGAGGGGUCCACGCACAGUUCAGAGUGAAACAAAGUAUGUAGAGUUACUAGUGGUCAAUGAUUUUGAACUGUUUGUACAGAUGCGAAGAUCAACCCCUCAGACAAGGAACUUUGCCAAAGCUGUAGUGAAUAUGGCUGAUGCUAUUUACAAGGAGCAGCUGAACACUAGAAUAGUGCUUGUCGCCAUGGAGACAUGGUCAACUCAGAAUAUGGUUUCUGUUGGCGACGACCCUUUGGUGACCCUGCGUGACUUUAUGAAAUACAGGAAGGAGAACAUCAAAGAGAAGAGUGAUGCAGCUCACCUGCUCUCGGGACGCACAUUUCAGAGCAGAAGCAGUGGCACUGCCUACAUUGAGGGGAUCUGCUCACCAACACGAGGAGGAGGAGUCAAUGAGUAUGGAAACGUAGGGCCCAUGGCUAUAACCUUGUGUCAGAGUUUAGGACAGAACCUUGGUAUGAUGUGGAAUAAAGAUCGUGCUACUGCAGGAGACUGUAAGUGUCCAGAUCCGUGGUUAGGCUGCAUCAUGGAGGAUACCGGAUACUAUCUACCCAGAAAGUUUUCACGGUGCAGUAUAGAGGAGUACAUUCAGUUCCUCCAGCAAGGAGGAGGGAGUUGCCUCUUCAAUAAACCUAACAAGUUGUUGGAUCCUCCUGAAUGUGGCAAUGGCUUUGUGGAACAGGGAGAAGAGUGUGACUGUGGCUCCCAAGUGGAUUGCUCUCGUGCUGGGGGUGCAUGCUGUAAGAAAUGCACUUUGACCCAUGAUGCAAUGUGUAGCAAUGGACUCUGUUGUAGCCGUUGCAAGUAUGAGCAGAGAGGAGUGAUCUGCAGGGAUGCAGUGAAUGACUGUGAUGUGCCGGAAACAUGCACUGGCGAUUCGAGUAAAUGCCCACAUAAUGUCCACAAACUGGAUGGUUACAUGUGCAAUGCUGGACUGGGGCGCUGCUAUGGGGGUCGCUGCAAGACCAGGGAUGCCCAGUGUCAGGCACUCUGGAGCCACAAUGCAGCAGAUCGCAUGUGUUAUGAGAAGCUGAACACUGAAGGUACGGAGCGUGGCAACUGUGGUCAGGACAGCAGCUCACACAGCUGGAUUCAGUGCAAUAAACAGGAUGUGUUGUGUGGAUUUUUAUUAUGCACUAAUAUCACAGUGAAACCACGGUAUGGAGACUUAAAUGGAGAAAUCACAAGUCUUACCAUCUACCAUCAGAACAAGUACCUGGAUUGUCGUGGGGGUCAUGCAGUGUUGGAAGAUGGCACUGAUCUCGGGUACGUGGAGGACGGCACGCCGUGUGGUCCUAAUAUGAUGUGCCUGGACCAUCGCUGUCUGCCGGUCACCACCUUCAACCUGUCAUCCUGUCCCGGGUCGUCCUCUUCUCACGUGUGCUCUGAUCAUGGGACGUGUAGUAAUGAGGUGAAGUGUAUCUGCGAUGCAGACUAUACUGGGAAGGACUGCAGUGUAUAUGACCCUAUUCCAGACCCCCAGCCUCCAGACGGUCCUGAGAAGUACAAAGGUCCGAGUGGUACAAACAUCAUCAUUGGCUCAAUAGCAGGAGCGAUACUACUGGCAGCUAUAGUAUUGGGAGGAACGGGCUGGGGCUUCAAAAAUAUCAGAAGAGGAAGAUCUGGAGGGGGAUAAAGCAUGUCAUCUGCUCUUCUGUGCUUCUGCACUGUGUUCUUUAAACUUUGAGGGAAACAGAAGAAACUACAGAUGUCUUCCACUCUCUCACCAAACUCCAGUGUCAUGCUGUCCUGUCUUUCCGACUUCCUGUUACUGCCUGUCACCUGUUGCCUAGAAACACUCCAGUACAUCCCAUGGUAACAUUUUUAAACUGAUAUCGAUUUUACUGAUGUUGGCUAUUUGUAUUGGGUUUUGGCUCUUUAAACCCAGCACAGAAACUGAAAAAAGUCAUUAUUUACUCACUCUUGUGCCGUUUCAAACCAAGUAUGACUUACUUUGUUUCAUGGAACACAAAAAGAGAUGCUCAGAAGUGUUUGUUGAAUUCCAAAAAAAAAAGGAUCAAAAAAGCAUCAUAGAUAGUCAAUCCGGCUCAUGCGCUUUAUGCAGUCACUUCAGGUAGAUAAAUCAAUUCAGAAUUUUCAGUUCCUUUUUAUUUCAAAUUUUAAUUUACUAAUUGUGGUUCUAAUCACAUUAAUCGAAACAGUCACUAUGCAUGACUAUUUUAAAUAAAGCCUAGACUUUUCAAGUACUCUCCAUUCCAUGGGGAUAGAUAGACAGACAGUCUUGUCUUCCCCAAACAGUUUAGAGGAAAUAUUUAGGGAUUUCCCAGUGGAAAUCCUGAAAAAUGUAUUCCCUUGCAAUGGAAUGUCUGCUAGAAUUCCAUGUUUACCCUCAUGCUAGUCUGAUAUCUAUAAUCUUGCUGCUUUUACGGUCAUCUAAAAUAGUUAAAAAACAUGCAUAACCAUAUGAAUGUACUUUUACAUUAAAAAAAAAUAAGACAUUGCUUGUAUGUGUUUAGUGUAGUUAUACUUUUCAUAAGCACAUUGCUGUGUGAGGCAAGGCAAGGUAAUUUUAUAUUUCAUUUGUAAAUCUUAAGCAUAAGUGGAACACCGUUUGAAUGCACUGAGCUGAGGAUAAAUAUGUAUGUAUAUAAUGUAUAUGACAGCACUAUUUUGCCCUUUGACUGUAGAACUAAAUAACACAGUCAGAUAUAAGCACAAAUACAUAUUUGGGGUAAGAAUUUAAAAAAAAGUUGUACUGACACUAAUAUAUUCAGUGGUAAUGGGUAAAACAAACCAUACAAAACCACAAUAGUCAAAGUCAAAUUUCCAGUCGUUUUUAUGGUACAAUAAUCUUGUCCACUAUACAGUAUAAAGGUGCACUAAGUAUUUUAUUUUUUUUUCUUUAUGAUCUGCUGCCUGAUGUCAAAGUGGACUGACGUUUAGUGGACUGACACGUAUGAUUCAAGGUUUUAUCGUUUGAAAUGGUUUUACUUUAUUAUUUGCUGCAACAUUUCCAAAUUUGAUUUACAUUCAGAAAUAAGCAAGCAUUUUGUAUUUGUAUUUGCUGGGUAAUUUCUGGUAUUCUGUGCUUUUGAACAUCAUAAAAUGAGAAAAUCAAACCGUUCUUUAAAAUAACUUUUUGUGUACUUAUAAGGAGAUGUAAAACAUUUUUAAAAAAUGAUUUUGGUCAAGUUCAGGCAAAUGAUUUGGUUACACUUUAUUUUGAUGGGCCACACAUUCUAGACAUUCUACUAACUAUAAAUGACUUUGCAAAUAGGUCAACUAACUCUCAUUAGUGUAUUAGCAGACUACCAGGUUAGGGUUAAGGUUAGUAGAAUAAAUUGACAUGUAUUUAAAUCACUUACAGUCAGAGCUGGGUAGAAUACUUGAACAUUGUAGUCUGUUACUGAUUUCAAAUGACAUGACAAAGUUACUUACAUAUUCCAUUACAUUACACAUUUUAGGUAACUCGUUUAUCUCACUGAUUUAAAUAGGAUAACCUUAUACCAUAUUGAUGUAAAGAUACAAGAAAAAAUAUUGCAUUCAUUCUUAUUAACAAAAUCAAGUGCAAUAAAUAUUACAUUACGUCAAAGUUUCCCAAACUCGGGUUUGUGAAGGAACAGCAUGGAGAUCGUAAAUUUAAUAAAAAGCUAAUAAUUUAUUACAUCAUAAAAAAUGCAAAAUUAAAAUAAAUCAUUUUAAAAUAAUAUGUAGUCAUGUAAUCAAUAAAAAAGUAAUUGUAGUCUGAUUAUAAGUGUUUUAAAAUGUAAUUCAAUCUAAUUACAAAAACAUGGUUUUUGGAAUCUGAUUACAUAAUCCAGAUUACAUGUAAUCAGUUACUACCCAGCUAAAUUGGACUAUCAAAAUAGUGUUACUAAUAAAUUGAAGCAUUCAUGCCUCUAGGAACAAGUGAACAACAGUUUUAAAGACAUAUGAUUUUAAUGUAUGGACAUUGUGUAUUUCUUUAAAAAAUUCAAAUCCCUUUUGUCCAUUUAAAAACGUAUCUGGCACUAAAUGAUUGAAAUGUAUAUUAUACAACAUUUUAAGGCAGUAAGGUCUUUAUUGGGGACACAAAAUGCACCGAAUACCAAGAAUGACCCUGCUCAUAAAUCAUAAUCACAAGAAACAACAUAUCAGCUCCAUGCUGCUUAUUGAUUCUCAUGCACAGCCAGCAGGAGACACUGAAUGUAUUGACAUCGGUGAACUUCAAGGCACAGAGGCAGAGUUUCAUUUACACAGAAAAUACAGAGUCAGACUGUCUGGGCCAUCUCAACUCCAUAAUGUCAGACACAAAAAUUCAAACUCAAAUUGUACAUAUGGAAAUUUUAUUAUUAGACUUUUAUAAUAUCACUUUACCUAACAAAACCCAGUUCUAAAAUUACAUUAUCCUUAAGGAAUGGUGGGAAAACAGGAAGUAUUAGCAAUGGAUUCGAAGAAUUCUGUGAUAUUCUGAUUGAUUCAAUUAGAAAUUUAAUUCAAUAUAUGCAGCAUAUAUAUAAGCAAAAUUAUGUAAGCUAACCUGAAGUCUCUCUUGGCUAACUUUAUUUCUAAGGCAUAAUGGAGACCUGUUCAUGCCAUUGUAUAAAUAUCAAACUAUACUAAAUAAGGUUUAUGAGAAUGAGACUAGCCAGAGCAUAUUUGUAGAAAUCUAAUGUACCUUUUUAUAGAAUUACUGUUUAAUUACAACUUAAGCAUUUUUAACCUUUUCAACUUUUAAAAAUGAAAGAAAUACUGUAGAAGAGGAAUGAGCCAGUAACUGAAAUAAAGCGAGUAGUACACAGUGGAUACUUAAUUUAACGGUGAUCUGAUGAGUUUGGGAAAAUCUUCUGAGAUUUAAAAUAUCUAUAUGAUCAGCAGGAAUGUGUGUGUUUUUCCAUACAAACACUACAACUGGCCACACGUUUGCAAAUACUGUCUCAUCACAACAAUAAAAAAGUAUCCUUGCAAACUUUAAUUUUAGUAAAAUUAAGAUAAAUUAGCAAUAUUUGUUAGUUCAGUUCAAAAUUGUUUUCGCUUAUUUUCUUGUGCCUUCAAAACUACCUUCAGCAGAGUUACAUUCACCAAUGAUCAGCCUGUUCCAAAAGUUACUUUAGUGGUAAAUGUGCUCAUGCGUAAACUUAUGAAUUACAGUACAGCCCAAAAUUGGAUCUAUUAGCAAAAUUAUACAUAGUAAAAUAUAUAUACAUAGUGAAUAUAUAUAUAUACAUAGUGAAUAUAUAAAACGCUUUCCUAAAAUACAUACAAUACGGUCAUGUAUUCUCUGAUAAUGUAAAUAUAAUGGAUCUUUUAAAAACAUGAUCACACAUCUACACCAAAUAUAGAGCAUGUGCAAGAUUCCAAAGAAUGACACACAUUCUCACUGGGUGAAUUUUUUUUUCUUUUUUUUCUUUUUUUUUGCAAUGUGAACGUGACAUUCUGACCUACAACAUCCUCAGCCUCAUUUCAGGCAAUUGAUCAUUUGGUUUGCAUGUUUUUGAGGGACUGAAACUCUUGUUAACAAGCUACCAACUUGAUAGAUGCUGAGAGGAAUUAUUAAGGACAAUCUAUUAACGUAGCUGAUACCGUAUUUUACAUGUAUUGCCUUCAGUCACAUUCCAAGUGUAUUUCAUUCACUGAGUUCCAGUGUUUUAGCUAUUUUCUCCUUCUGUGUGAUUUUAAACUAUAGAUUUCUAUGUCUAAAGAGUUAUUACAGAAAUAUUAUACUUUGUAGGAAUUUUCAGUCUGUUUGACUGACAGAUUGAACGACAUCUGAAUAAUCAGGUUCAGCUAAAGCUCACUGCAAAUAAGAAUUUUCCUCAAUGAUGCAACUCUAUCUCAGUUCUGGUGGUUUGUAAUUAACAUCUCAAUAACAUCAAUUAGCACUGUGGUAGAAAAAAGAAAAAAAACACAUCCCAGAUAAAUGUAACAGCAGUUUUCUUCUUUCCACGAGCUGGCUUGAUGAACAGGCUGCCAUGCAGCAAAUCAAAGCUUGUUUUGAAAAUUGUUUCUGUCACUAAUAUGUUUCAGAAGAGGAUUUCUCUGAAUGCAUCAGCUGUAAACGAUGAAAUUCAUGCCAACAGCAACAGAUCAGAACAAUGUUUAUGUACAGUAUAUUAUUAAUGUCUGUAUGCAAUGUAUUUGUAACAAACAACACAUGUACUAGACACAAUUUUUGUCAUGAUUUGUCAAAUUACAAGUAUCUAAGUACAAGUAUAAAACUUCAAGAGUAGCAAUGUUUUAUUGUAUAUUUGUGUAUAACAACUGCCAUAAAAACACGAGGAUUCCUGGAGAAAUGUCUUCCGGGGUGUGAGACUGUGUGUAAAUAUUGUAAAAGCUCAUCUGAAGCUUAAACUAACUGAAUGAAGGAGAGGUAGACACACCAUUGUUUUGGUCCUCUCAACUGCCAUACAAAAAGAGAUUCUACUCAGCAUGCGUGUGAGUGAAAUGUUGUUCUUUUUCUCAGAGACGAGAUGCAAUGUAAUUCUUUUUUUAAUUUUAAAGAGAAAACACUGGCAAUGUUGACAAGACACUUGCAAGUUAAGCUUAAAUAAAGAAAGACUUGAACAUUU